GCCCGCCAGUUGCUGCUCUACGACCGUCCGCUCAAGGUAGAGCCUGUGUACCUGCGCGGCGGCGGCGGCGGGGGGAGCAGCCGGCGAAGCAGCAGCAGCAGCGCCGCCGCUUCCACGCCGCCCCCAGGGCUGCCCGCGCCCUCCGACCCGCUCGGUUACCUGCCUUUGCAUGGAGGCUACCAGUACAAGCAGCGAUCGCUGUCCCCUGUAGCUGCCCCACCCUUGCGGGAGCCCCGAGCCCGCCAUGCCGCCGCAGCUUUCGCCCUGGAUGCGGCGGCUGCCGCCGCUGUGGGACUCUCCCGGGAGCGGGCUCUGGACUACUACGGGCUGUACGACGACCGUGGGCGCCCCUACGGCUACCCGGCCAUGUGCGAGGAGGACCUGAUGCCCGAGGAUGACCAGCGGGCCACACGCAACCUCUUCAUCGGGAACCUGGAUCACAGUGUGUCCGAGGUGGAGUUGCGACGCGCCUUUGAGAAGUAUGGCAUCAUUGAGGAGGUGGUCAUCAAGAGGCCUGCCCGUGGCCAGGGCGGUGCCUAUGCCUUCCUCAAGUUCCAGAAUCUAGACAUGGCCCACAGAGCUAAGGUGGCCAUGUCGGGCCGGGUGAUUGGCCGCAACCCCAUUAAGAUAGGGUAUGGCAAGGCCAACCCCACCACUCGUCUGUGGGUGGGUGGCUUGGGUCCUAACACCUCACUGGCAGCUCUGGCCAGGGAGUUUGACCGCUUUGGGAGCAUUCGGACCAUUGAUCACGUCAAAGGUGAUAGCUUUGCCUACAUCCAGUACGAGAGCUUGGACGCAGCCCAGGCCGCCUGUGCUAAAAUGAGGGGCUUUCCCUUGGGUGGUCCAGACCGCAGGCUCCGUGUGGAUUUUGCCAAAGCAGAGGAGACUCGGUAUCCCCAGCAGUACCAGCCCUCGCCCCUCCCUGUGCAUUAUGAGCUUCUCACAGAUGGAUAUACCCGGCACCGAAACCUGGAUGCCGAUCUGCGGGUGCGGGAUAGGACCCCCCCCCACCUCCUUUACUCAGACCGAGACCGGACCUUUUUGGAAGGGGACUGGACCAGCCCCAGUAAAAGCUCUGACCGCCGAAACAGCCUGGAGGGCUACAGCCGCUCAGUACGCAGCCGGAGUGGUGAGCGCUGGGGGGGAGAUGGGGAUCGUGGCAUGCCCAAGCCCUGGGAAGAGAGGCGGAAGCGGAGGAGCCUUUCCAGUGACCAUGGGAGGACAACACACUCCCCUUAUGAGGAACGGAGCAGGACCAAGGGUGGUGGGCAGCAGUUGGAGCGAGGCUCUGACCGCACUCCUGAGCGCAGCCGCAAGGAGAAUCACUCCAGUGAAGGGACCAAGGAGUCAAGCAGCAACUCCCUCAGCAACAGCAGACAUGGGGCUGAGGAGCGGGGCCACCACCACCACCACCAUGAGGCUCCAGACUCUUCCCAUGGGAAGAAAACAAGAGAUAGCGAGCGCAAUCAUCGGACCACUGAGGCUGAGCCCAAGCCUCUCGAAGAGCCAAAACAUGAGACCAAAAAGCUAAAGAAUCUUUCGGAGUAUGCUCAGACACUCCAGCUGGGUUGGAACGGGCUUCUAGUGUUGAAAAACAGCUGCUUCCCAACAUCUAUGCACAUCCUAGAGGGGGACCAGGGGGUGAUCAGCAGUCUCCUCAAAGACCACACUUCUGGGAGCAAGCUCACCCAGCUGAAAAUUGCCCAGCGCCUUCGACUGGACCAGCCCAAGCUCGACGAGGUCACACGACGCAUAAAGCAGGGGAGCCCCAAUGGUUACGCGGUGCUGCUAGCCACCCAGGCGACCCCCAGCGGGCCUGGCACUGAGGGGAUGCCCACAGUGGAGCCAGGCCUACAGAGGCGGCUUCUCAGGAACCUGGUCUCCUACUUGAAACAGAAGCAGGCUGCAGGGGUGAUCAGCUUGCCAGUGGGUGGGUCCAAGGGCAGAGACAGCACAGGCAUGCUCUAUGCCUUCCCACCCUGCGACUUUUCACAGCAGUACCUCCAGUCAGCACUAAGGACAUUGGGCAAACUAGAAGAAGAACAUAUGGUGAUAGUUAUAGUAAGAGACACUGCCUAGCCCAAACCUGUCUUUUCCAGCUCCAUGUUUGUGUCACAAAAGCAUUUAUUUUAAAAUCUGAUCCCCUCUCUACUACCCCUUGGUUUGAAUUCUCUUCUGGGUUAUUUUGGUUCAUUUGGUGGGGAUCAAAGUCCUGUUCACCACCCAAACUAAGUUUUAGAUUUUGGGGGAUUUUUUUUUUUUUUUUUUUUUUUUAACAACAAGAAGGGACUCCUGUUAUAUUGAUUUCUAGUGUACAAGAUACUGUCUGCUGUGUUCUGUAUUUUUUUAUUUUUUGACUAACUGUAUUGGAAAGCUGUCAGUAAAGGCUUUGUCAGAGGAUGGGUUUUUAAUCCUA